AUCCAUACGUGUCGUUGGGGUCACAUGUGCUAUGAGCGGAAGAUGGUAAAUAACCUAAAGCAUUAUAAUUUUAAAGAAGAAAAAGUGAAGUAAUUAGAAUUUGUGUUCAAUUGUUUAUUAAAAAUUUAUUUGUAUUUAUUUAUAUAUAUUACGAAAUGGAUGAUGAAGCGGAAACUUAUAAAUUGUGGCGAAUUCGUAAAACAGUGAUGCAGUUGUGUCAUGAUAGAGGUUAUCUCGUGACACAGGAUGAAUUAGAUCAGACUUUAGAACAAUUUAAAGAACAAUUUGGCGAUAAACCGAGUGAAAAAAGACCAGCACGUAGCGAUCUUAUUGUAUUAGUUGCACACAAUGAUGAUCCUACAGAUCAACUUUUUGUUUUCUUUCCCGAUGAACCCAAAAUAGGUAUCAAAACUAUAAAAACUUAUUGUCAGCGUAUGCAAGAAGAAAAAAUUCAUAGAGCAAUCAUCGUUGUACAACAAGGUAUGACACCGUCUGCUAAACAAUCUUUAGUAGAUAUGGCACCUAAAUAUAUUUUAGAACAAUUCUUGGAAUCUGAAUUGUUGAUAAAUAUCACAGAACACGAACUUGUACCUGAACAUAUAGUAUUAACUCCAGAUGAAAAAGAAGAGUUACUUACUAGGUAUAAGCUUAAAGAAAAUCAAUUAAUGCGUAUACAAGCAGGUGAUCCAGUGGCUCGUUAUUUUGGUUUGAAAAGAGGACAAGUAGUCAAAAUUAUUAGACCUUCUGAAACUGCAGGCAGAUAUAUCUCUUAUAGACUCGUAUGUUGAUCUAUAAUAAAUACGACAUAUAAUAUCUAUUUUGUGUUACUUUGAUCUAUAAUGAUUGAAGAAAUUCUAAUUGAGAAUUGUACAAUAUUUUUGUAAUUAAAAAUAAUUUUUAGAGAUUAAAUUUAAUACAAAAUAUCAAUCAUAAACACCAACCAUACCUAUAAUAACAUUAAUAAAUAUAGAAUUUUAUGAAAGAAUAUAAUAUUACUUUCUGAGAAUGCUUUAUUGUACUACAAUUAUGAUGUGUUAUUACAUAAUAUACAUUUGGUAGUAAACAUUAACUGUAUAUCAGGCAAUAAAUAAUUACUAAUGUUGUGCCAAGUGCAGUAAUUAAAUGUAUUAGAUAUAAUACAAUUUUCUAUUCUAAGUCCACUUUGUAGCGUUAUUCAUUAAAAAAACAUACAUGAAUAAAAAAGCAGAGAAUUGAAAAUAUCUUUCAUUGUUUCAUAAAUAAAUAAUAUUAAGGAAUUGGCACAAUUAGUUAAACUUCUUAUGCAAAUGUUCAU